AUGGCAAAUAAGCCAAAUCAAAAUGGCGAUCUACUUGAUGGAAGUAAUCCUCGUAUGAAUCUUGGACAAGCAGAAAAACUCGGCUUUACAGAUAUCGAUGAAUAUUUCAUGGGACAUAAACAACGUGGCACAGCGAUUAUUAUUAACAAUAAAGAUUUUCAUCCAAAUACAGGUUUAAAUUCGCGUGAUGGAACCAAUCUCGAUGCUAGUCGAUUAGAAGGAACGUUUCUUGGACUUGGUUUCGAUACAGAAGUUUAUCACAAUCGAACAGCCGCACAAAUAUUAACUAUUGCUGAACAAGCUGCCAAACGAGAUUAUUCACAAUCGGACUGUUUUAUUUUUGUUUUGUUAUCACAUGGAGAUGAACGAGAUAUUAUCUAUGGUGCCGAUCAGCCACUCAAUAUAAGUACUCUAACAGAACCGUUUAAAAGAUCAGCGAAUACGUUGCUUGGAAAGCCGAAAAUUUUUAUUUUUCAAGCAUGUCGCGGUCAAAAAGUGAUGACAUCUCAUCGAAAACUACCCAUGAAAGAUAAUAAUGAAGUGAUUAGUAUUGCAUCGCAUAUACCGUCUGAAGCAGAUUUUUUAUUAGUAUAUUCAACGAUGCCGGGUUUUUAUGCUUGGCGAAAUUCUCUAAAAGGCUCAUGGUUUAUUCAAGCUCUUUGCGAUAUGUUACGUGAUCACAGUCAUGAAUGGGAUAUGUUAAGAAUUUUAACCAAAGUUAAUCGUCGUGUAUCGAUGGAUUAUCAUUCUAAUUGUACUGAUCCUUAUAUGAAUCAGCGUCAACAAAUUCCUGUUUUUGUAUCAACAUUAACAAAAGACGUUAAACUGUUUCCUAAAAUAAAAAAAUAA